AUGAGCAACUUCGGAGGAGCAGGACUGGGACAGAAAGUUUACAAGCCGAAUCCGCCCGAGCGCGGUUCCUUUCCACUUGACCAUGACGGCGAAUGUAAGAGUAUUAUGCUCUCAUACCUACGAUGCAUCAAAUCCCACCGUGGGACGAACGACCCUGAGUGCCGCAACCUCUCCAAAUCAUACCUCACCUGCCGGAUGGAUCGGUACGUACAUCACGAAUCUUUACACCAAAUGUCUUUGUUGCCCAGCCACACGCUCCCCGACAUCUAUCAUUCGUCUCAAUCCACGCAAGCAAGGGAGGGAGAGCCUUGUGAUACCGACCUGUCAGAGUGA